AUGUUUUGUAGCUUUGUUCCCACGGGCCCGGCAUCUGCACAGAGUUCUGCAGACAAUUCUAUCUUUGUAAGCUGUGUGGAGCAUUUGGACUCCUCCCUGUCUAAUCUUGUACAAGCUUUUGACAAACAAUGUCCCCUGGGAACACUACCAAAGGAGAGAAGCUUUCAGAAUGCUGCUAAAAGCAAUAAUCUGGAUCUUAUGGAGAAGCUGUUUGAGAAGAAGAUUAAUAUUAAUGCUGUGAACCAUGUGAAAAUUCUGUUUCCUUGGAUGAACCGCACAGCCCUGCAUUUUGCUGUGGGGAGAAAUCAUUUAUCUGCAGUGGCUUUUUUGCUUAAUCACAAAGCCAGGUGGAUGCUACUGGUAAUAUUUGCUUGGCUUUUGUGGGUGAGAUGGUGUGCAAUGGCGCAUCCACGUGACAGAUGCUCUUCUUCUCUCCUCCUGGGGAGGCACGGCUUGACUGGAAUUCAUCUUGCGGCCUGGUCUGGAGGCCUCAAGAUCAUGCUCAUGCUGGUUAGAGCUGGAGCGGAUCCGAGAGCUGAGAGUCAGUGUCUCCUCCACCCUGGCUCUCUUCGGGAUGGAAUGAGUGCCCUCCACUUUGUCACGCAGAGCAGUCACGUGCCCAUUGCGGAAUACCUCAUUCAGGAUCUGCGCCUGAGGGACCUGAACCAGCCUGACAAGAAAGGAAGAAAACCAUUUCUUUUGGCAGCUGAGAGGGGCCACAUUGAAAUGAUAGAAAAACUUAUUUUCCUUAACCUGCAUACUUCAGAAAAGGACAAGGAGGGAAACACUGCCUUGCAUCUCACUGCAAAGCACGGUCACAGUCCUGCCGUGCAAGUGCUGACUCAGUGGCAAGAAAUAAACAAGAUGAGUGAGCUCAAUAUCCGUGGUUUGCAGAUAGCAACCAGGAAUGGCCAAGCAUCCUUUGUCAACUUGUUUCUCGGUGAGAAUGUUGAUCUGCACCAGAACGUGGAACCUAAGGAGUCCCCUCUUCAUUUAGCUGUUAUCAACAACCACAUCACCGUUGUCAACAGCUUAUUAAGUGCACAGCACAAUGUUGGCAUCUCGAACCAGAGGCAGCAAACCCCUCUGCAUGUGGCCGCUGACCUUGGAAAUGUGGAGCUAGUGGAGAUCCUGCUGAAGGCAGGCUGUGCCUUGAAGGUUGGCAGACAGACGGUCAUGUUUCUUCUUCCGAGCGGCACAGUAGGGCAGGCUGAACUGUCCACGUGCUGUCAGAGAGCCAUGCUGGGUUCCAGCUCUCCUGAAAGGAGACCCCCAGGGGACAGCCCCGACGGGUGGUCUUCCACCGGUUAUCUGCCGUCCUCGCAUCUCCUAGGUGAGGUGGACAAAAGGACCGCGGAUUUCAAGAGAAGCACGUGUAGUCAGUGCCACCUGAAGGGCGUCCCCCAAGAUGGCACUGCCACCCAAAACAACAAAGACCCUAAGCUUCUUGUCUGGGUCUUAGUGCCUGGAGUAACAACCAGCUCCUGUGCGUUGCAAGGGAAGACGGCCCUGGCUGUGGCCUCCAGAAGCAGCCACAGCCUUGUGGUGGACAUGUUCAUUAAAGCAGAGAGGUAGUAUACCUAGAGAGAGGAGCAUCAGGAGAGCAUCCGGGACCCGUCCACAGACUCUGCUCUGACAUUCAGGCAGGACCACAGCCUGGAGACCAGGCACAUUCGCCCGCUGCUCUGGGACUUGGCUUGCCGUCAGUUGAAGGCCAACGAGUGGCAGAGGCCGGCCCGUUUAUGGAACUUUACAGAGGACCAGAUCAGAGCCAUCGAGGAGCAGUGGUCAGGUGAGGACAGGCUCGGUGACGUGAGCUGGAGGCAUUCAGACCUUCCAGGGUGUGGCUUAGGGACCAGCAGCAGCAGCACCGGGGGCUGGCUGGACAGACUCGCUGGGAGUCUGCAUUUGCACCUGACGUCCGGUGAGGUGGACACGGCUCCCCAAGGGUGUCGUCAGCGCUGGUGGCACCUCGGCUGUCCAGUCCCUUGCACACCCCUCCUUGUGUGCGCCCCGCACAGCAGGCACAUGGCUAGGUUGGCACUGAGGCUGCAUCGAAACAAGCGUCGGCUUGUGUUUGACCCGGGACCUCUUGCUCGGCACGGGAGACGAAAGCCUCCAGGAGCACGGCCCUGGGCCCCGCCCAUGUGGCUGCACGGGGCCCUGGCCACGCAGGCCCAUCUGGCCAAGCCCCUGCACCAAGAGCCGGUCCGUGCAGGUUUCCCUACACUUGCUGGGGAGUGA